GUGCACGCGAAUCCACCGUGUGGUAAAAUACGUGUGGCGACGGUUAGGUGGGGAGGGGACGACGACGCCUCUCUAAGCGACGCUCCGCGUCUUCGUCAGUCAAAUCGCGAUCGUCUCCGCGUGACGGGUCGGCUGUUGGAAUAGUCGUGAGACGCGGACGCGCGAGUUGUACCCGGCGACCAAGUAAACCCGCCGGUGGCCGAUCAACACAGUUGGCACGGACGAAUAUCAUCCGUGGAACACGUUACGCAGGUUCGUCGACGAGAAUAGACGCUCUUCCGUGUAUACCCGGCGACGCUUGCCGGGGUCGUGGACGUCCCUUGUUCCGGAUAUCGGUUUCCAACCGUAUCCCCGUCUUCCUGAACGCCUGAAAGUGACAAAGACAAAACCGGUGAGAGUGAGGAAGAAAAAGUGUUUGGGAGCAAGCACCGGCUGGAUAAAGAAUCUGGACGAUGAAGAGCCUGACGGUUCUGUUGCUCCUGGUCGCGGUGACCAUGUGCCACGAGCCGUUCCAAGUGAUCUUCCAAUGGAACGCCAUCGACGUGGUGUGGCCGUCGGACGAGCUGCGACAGUUCGCGGUCGCCCACGGCGACUACGUGCCGGCGAACAACUUCGUGGCUGGCGUCAAGUUCUGGAAGGGUAAGAUGUACAUGACGAUACCACGGUGGAAGGACGGGGUGCCCGUCACCCUGGCCGUCACGUCGGCCAGCCCCGAGGGUCUCAACACGGCGCCGAACCUGCAGGCCUACCCGACAUGGGACAUGCAGAAGAUCGACGACUGCAGCGCCUUCCAGUUCGUCCAGAGCAUGGAGAUCGAUCCGAUCGGACGUAUGUGGGUCCUCGAUUCCGGACGGAUGUCCCCGUUGUCGGUGGAGGUGAAGACCACCUGUCCGCCGCGGCUGGUGAUCCUGGACAUCGAGAACAACGGCGAGGUACUGCGUAGCUACGAGUUCCCGCAGCACGUGGCGCGUCACGGGACCGCUUACCUGAACGACAUCGUCCUGGACCACGAGGACGGCGGGAUGGCGUACAUAACCGACAGCGAUCAGAAGGACCCGGGCAUCAUCGUCUACUCUUUGCUGAACAACACCUCCUGGAAGGUCAGACACGACUCGAUGAAGGCGAAGCCGGAGGCCGUCAGGUUCAUGGUGCACAAGAUGCCGGUCAACAUGUCCAUAGCCGUGGACGGGAUCGCUUUGUCGCCUGCCAGCACGGAGGACAGAGAGGUUUACUACUCGCCCUUGUCGUCUUUCCACUUGUACUCGAUACCGACGUCCGUGCUGAAGAGCAACGUCACCGACAUCGACAGCCACGUGACGGAACUGGGAAGGAAGAGCUCGCAGACGGACGGUAUGAUGAUGUCCGCGUCGGGGAUGCUGUACUUUGGCCUGUUGGCCGACGACGCUGUCGGCACGUGGGACACGGAACAAUCAGCGUCCUUCAACACCGGGAAGAGGAUCAUCUCCAGGGAUCACGAGAGGAUGCAGUGGCCGGACACGUUCGCGUUCGACGAGGAGGGUAACGUCUAUUGCGUGACCAAUUCCUUACCGAAUAUACUGAACAACCGCGUCAACGUCAACGUGCCGAACUAUAGGGUGGUCAGGUCGAAGGCUGGUGUCAAGAGUUAUCAGUACUUCACGAACGGUAGCGCGCCCGAACAGCCCGAUAUACCCGCCUCCACUGCUAACAGGAUUAACCUGGCCGUAGCUACGGGAUUAGGUAUUCUGUUGGCUAUAGCCAUUCAAUAAUGUCUUUUUUUCUCUCCUCUUGUUCCGUUCUUGUUCUCUUUCGUAAACGUAAACACAGUAUUCGUACGAUCGGGUAUACCAAAGACUAUUUCGUUUCUCUUCGAGGAUUCGCUCGGAUGACGCACGUGCACGCUCGCGUCUCUUUCUUCGAGACUUUGCAAUUACAUAUUAUUUUCUUCGAACGAGAUCCCUCGUCGAUUCGACGCUUUGGUGUUUUUCACGUUCUUGGCAUUCUUUGAGAUAAAAAAAUUGCGUAUCGUCGCAUUUUUAUAUCGGUUCGAUUCACUCAGUAGCUUGUAAUACAUUUUGAUUUGUAGUAUUUGUGGAAAUUAUUUCCGACGUGUUCGAAACAAUAAGUUGCAUUAGAAUUUUCAAUAUCGAUGGAAGAUGGAUUUGUUUUAAAUUAAACCUGAUUUCCAACAUCGAUGAAACAAAAAUAUUUACGGUAUCGGUAAUUGAUAAAGGGUGUUCGGCGACCCUUGGGAAAAAUUUUAAUGGGAUAUUCUAAAGGCCAAAAUACGACGAAAAUCAAGAAUACCAAUUUGUUGAUGGAGGCCUCGUUAAAAAGUUAUUAACAAUUAAAUUAUAAAAUUUC